AUGUCAUUUUCCUCAGUUGAGGAAGCAAGGGCAUACUAUAUUAAGUAUGCAAAACAAGUUAGUUUCGGAGUGACAAAGCGAAGUUCCAAAGUCGGAGAUGAUGGAAAAAUAAGAUGUUUCACCCUUGCUUAUGUCCGUCAAGGCACGUCUACGAGCACAUCGUCGAAUAUUCUUAAACCGAGACUGAUGGAACACAACGAAUGUAAGGCAAAGAUCAAUGCGAUAUUGGGUUCUGAAGGUGAAUUUUGCUUGACCCAUAUUGUCCUUGAGCACACUCAUGCUCUCAGUCCUGGAAAAGCAAGAUAUAUUAGAUGUCAUAAGAGAUUGGAUGAGCAGAUGAAAAGAAGAUUAGAAUACAAUGAUAUGACCGGCAUUCAAUUGAGCAAAAACUACAAUUCUUAUAUCGUUGAGGACACAGAUGCAUUUGUAUGGUUAUUUGAGUCGUGGCUUAAGUGCAUGAGUGGCUGCACUCUAGAAGCCAUUAUAACAGAUCAAGAUAAAGCUAUGCGAAAUGCAAUUGCUAAGUUUGUAGAUCAGUAUGAUAAUGCACUUAGGCGCAAGAUUGAGAAUGAGCUUUCAGCUGACUUCAAUUCAUUCCACAUACAAAUUCCAUGCAUAACUUUUUAUGGCAUUGAGCGGCAGUUCCAAGCAGCGUAUACAAAUGAAAAAUUCAAAGAGGUUCAAGAAGAGUUAAGAGGGUUGAUUUAUUGUUGCACAUCAAUGAUUCGAAGUGAAGGAGGGAUGUUUACAUAUCAUGUGGCCGACGAGAUCCAAGUUAUGGAUGGGUUUAGGAAAAGUACAAAAUAUGUUGUUGAGUUUAAUGAGGAAGAGUGCGAAGCAAGUUGCAGAUGUCAGUUAUUUGCUUUUAAGAGAAUUUUAUAUAGACAUGUCAUCCGUGUGUUGACACUCCAUAACAAAGAAGAGUUGCCUGCAAAAUACUUUCUUGAUAGGUGGAGGAAGGACUUGAAACGAGAUUACACGCUUGUCCGAAGUAGUCGCAAUAAUCUGAGUCAUAGUCCAAAUGCACACCGAAUUAAUAAAUUGAACAAUGCUUUUUACGAGAUUUCUUCAAUUGCAGGCACCUCGGAUGAAGGUUGUGCAAAGUUAAUGACUCGGUUAAGUAAAUUGAAGUUAGAGUGGGUUGACGUCCAGCCAGUGUGUGAUAAUCAUUCAAUUGAGUCAUUAAGAGUGACAAAAUGGUCUGACAAAUUAAAAAGUCUUGUAGCUGCACGUAGUAAAGGUAGGCCAAUUUCUAAGAGGAAACAGUCCACGACUGAGAAAGCAGUGAAUAGGUUGAAAGCAAGGAAGACUCAACGAGCUCAGGAUGAGAUAUUGCAUGAUGAGAGUGUUGUGAUUUUGCAAUUUUGUGUAUAUGUUUUAGUUAAUUGGGAGAUGAAAGCAGCAAAAGGAAUGAAACUUUGA